GUCUCUUCGAAACCAGCUGGGGAAUACCGUAGGACCUACCAGGAGACCCGGCCACUUUUCGAGGUGCACUGCACGACCAAGGUGGUCCCAUCAGAAAGCCGUGCUUUGAUCCAAGAGCUGACUGUUGAUCAGGUUCCCUUAGCACCGGCAUUGAUCUUGGAUCGAGAAAGUAGUGCACAGAACGUCUUUUUUCACGUUGCCUCACCAACUUUCGUUUGGCCAGCGAAGGCCACGAUCGCCGCGAGGUUCCUCGGAUCCUGAUUCUAUGCUUUGGUAGUUGCGGUUCUAGGAUCAAGAAAGAGAGCCUCUUUCUAUCCUUGACUUUGAAAAGCAUAUAAGGGAUUAUCGUAAUGGCUUCAUCACUGAUCAUCCUCCUUGUGGCGCUCCUAGCCCCAUUCACACUCGCCCAGGUCCCCGCCCCCGCCCCUGUGGGAACAGCCCCCAACUCCAGCUACAUUGCAAUUAACUGUGGCGGUGUCACGCCGGUAAAUUCCAGCAUUCCAAGCUACUAUGGGGGGGUGACUUAUGGGGCGGGACCCUUCUAUUCUCCCAACAAUUCUUUGGUGUCCACCAGCAGUGCAGCCCCUGGUGUGAUCUUUGCGCCUGACGCAUUCUACUCGGGGGAGAGCACCAAGCCGCUGAGCUAUCCGGGUCCACUGAAUGCGUCGGUUCAGGACGCAGCUCUGUAUCUGACGGAGCGGUAUGGGCUGAAUUUCAGGUACGACUUCAACGUUCCUAACGGCAACUACACGGUCUUCCACUACUUCUCGGAGCUCCAAUACAACACCAUUGGCGCCCGCGUGUUCAACGUCAGCAUCCAAGGCGUGGUGGUUGCUCCCUUGGUCGAUAUCUUUGCGCUCGCGGGCGCAAACGCGAGCCUGAUCGUCCCUGUGAACACCACCGUCACAAACGGACUGCUGACGGUCGCGUUCGCCACCGUUUUUGCCACUAACACGGCCGGCCAGGCCAAGGUGAAUGCGCUCCGGAUUGUUCCGCUUGCCCCGCCCGCCACGGCCUUCUCUAACACCCCUCCCUCCAGCUACCGUAUCGAUGCGGGUAGCAACGCUAGCUACACGUCAGCAAAUGGGACCGUGUUUGCCAGAGACGCCUUCUACUCAGGUUCAUCUGCGAUUGGCAACGCCACCGUUGCAAACACCACCGCCGAUGCGCCGCUUUACACCACCGUUAGGACGGGCCCCGCCUUCGCCUACUACCUUAACCUGCUCAACGGUUACUACCUGGUCACGCUCCGGUUUGCGGAGGGCCAGUUCACACUGCCGGGGCAGAGGGUGUUCUCGGUUGAUGUACAGGGCAACCCCGCCUUCCCAGCCGUCGACAUUGUCGCUAACUCCUCCGCCGGGUUACCGCUAACCCUCCGCACAACCGCGGUGGUUGCGAACGGUCAGCUCCGGAUUCAGUUCACCGGACUGAACGGCACAGCGGCUUCCGUCGCCACUAUUGAGGUGACGCCCCUAGUGGGCGGAACGAAUACGACGGUCGCCAUCGACUGCGGAUCACCUAUUGACGUCAUCUCAGGGGACGGGAUUAUCUACCAAAAGGACACCUUCUUUGCUGGUGGAGCGGCUCUUUCCACAAACCCGUACCAAACCUUCCAGCCGUUCAACCAGCAGAUUGACGAUUUCCUGUACCCGACCGCGCGCCAGGGCAACUUCACGUACAACGUAUCGCUGCCCAAUGGAGCGUAUCUCGUGACGCAUCACUUCGCCGAGCUGGUAGCGACCGGCCCCGGCCAGCGGAUCUUCGACGUGAUCCUGCAAGGCGCGACCGCCCUAUCUCAGUUCGACAUCUUCGCUGUGGCGGGGGGGAACGCCACGGUCUACAAAGUGCAGGCCCCCGUUAACGUCACCAACGGCUUCCUCACCGUCAGCUUCCAGACCAGCCCCGCCGCGUUUUCCCUCCCCAACGUCACGCUCUCCAACUACACUCUGGGGGGGACGAAUUUCACGAACGCUCUUCUCCCCCCUAUGAUAAACGCCCUCCUGAUUCAGCCGGGCAUCCCCCCCCCGAACGCAACCGCCACUGCCCCGGCCUCUGCCCCCGCUAUUGGGCUGGGUACCCUUCCGAUUCCCGCUGUGACCGCGGCUGUCGUCGCCCCCGCCCCCGCCGUUCCGCCCGGCCCGGCCCCGCCCGCCCCCCCCCGCGACCCCGAACGCCCCCCCGCCCCCGACCCCGUAUUUCGCUUACCAGCCAACCCGUCCUGCCCGGCGAACGGCGCGGCGCCACAGGCGAUCAACUGCCUGGCCCCCUGCCCCACAUACACCCCACCCUACACCCUCAACGUGGCUGUUAACACCGGGGGCGGGGGAUAUGUGUCAUCAUGCGGCGUGACGUUCGAAGAGGACUACCAGGACGCGACACGUUGCACCCCAAAUAACCAGGUUCCGGCCGGCCUCAGGUGGUGCCGGUCCAACAUCGACGGACCGCAGGGCGGCUACCUCGCAGCCACAACGGAGCAGAUUGCUAACACGACCGACCCCACCAUUUUCCAGUCCGAGUCGAUCGGGUGGAACUUCUACUAUUUCACACUCCCCGCCCCAGGGAACUACUACGUCUCCUCCUACUUUGCGGAGACUUCGGGCAAGGACCCGGUGAUCAAUGUGAAUAGGCCCAACCUCCGGGUGUUCUACAUCCACUACAAUCUGAACCCUGCCGACUCUCAAGGCCCAAUCGACACCUUCGCCGACGCAGGCAACCAGAAGUUCGUGCCGAUUCCCACCGUAUCCAGAGUUGUCAGUUGCCCUACAACUACGCUCGUCGUCGAGAUGUCCCCAACCCAGGCGCGCGACGCACCCAAGGUUAACGCCAUCUGGGUUUACGGUCCCGUUCCCGCAAACUAUGACCCCGCAACAGCUGGAGCCGUUACCACAACGGCUGCGUCGGCUCCAACCGCGGCAAAAACAGCUGCCGCUCCCACAUCGGCAUAAAUAGCAAAAUUGAGAACACGCAAGUGGUACAUUGCAGGUGCACAAGUUGUGGCGAGAAAAUCCGUUUGCACAGAGCUAAUUUAUGAUUGUUGCAAGCACACUGGUGUCGGAUGAAGUUAUUGAACAGGUCUAGGAUUGAACUUUCGCAUUGGUGGACACCGCUGGAUCGAUUUCACGCAAAACGGUGUUGACGUCGAUAAAGGUGUUGACUGGUCGUAGGUAUAGGGCUUAUGGUCACCGAUUUGCAUGUCUUUUAUGACACCUUCCAAUCAAGCAGAAGACUCGGGUUCUCAUAGUUUAGAGCCUUUGAAAAUCUGCGCGGGCGGUACUGAGCUGCAUGGACAAGUGAAUUCCAGGCCGGCUAAUAAACCUUGCUUUCGUGCAAUCAAUCUCUGAAUGCGCCUGGCACUUAAAUGAGUCAUCACCGCGGUUCGUAGAGACAAGCUCAAUCCUUCAAAUGUUUACUAAAUCGCAG